CUAAAACUCAGUUCUUUUUUCUAUUUCUUGAACCAGUACAUAUUGUAUUUUCCAUUUAUCAAAUGAGUAAACAUUCGGUAAAUGUAAAUCAAAACUUUAAUAAUUUAUAUUUAAUUUUCAGUAGAAUAGAUUUGCUUUCAAAAGUGCCAAAAGUGUCUAUAAGAGGGGCUUAUUAUAUUGAUGAUUUGACAGUUUUUAAGGGAUUUAAGAAUCUCCUAAUUUAAAAGAGAUUUGAGAUUCGAACAAAAGUUUUAGGAAGAGAAUUAGAAGAGAUUUUAGGAAAUCUCAGGUUUUUGAAAAAAGUUAACAUGUCACUUUUAGUUUUAGUUUGAAAGUAUCUAUAAGAAAAAACUAUUCUGGAAACUGUUGUAUGAGAUGAUUAACCAACAUAUGUACACUACCAUUCACGAUCAGAAUUUCAAUAAAAUUAUUAAUGAUACAAGUUAUGUUACAAGUGAUGGAUUUUUUUCUUCACGAUCUUCUUCCUGAUCCACCACUUUUUUAUCUGAUUUUAUUUGCAAUCAGAUUCCAGUUUAGAAACUGUUUUUUUUUUGUCAAAUAAGUGAGUUCAUAUAAAAGGAGAAAGAUUUGUAAGUUACAAAAUGUUGUAGCUAUUAAGGAUUUCCUUAGCAAAAAAAAGAUAAUAAAAGGAAAGCCCAUAGUUGAAUGAAAAAUAGUUAGAGAAGUCAUUCAUGUCGUAACCAAAUUUGAUGAGAUACAUGAAUGAUAUCCUCUUUCUUUUGCCUACGAUGAUGUCACCUACAGUCAUGUCAAUAAUUUUGAAGACCAUCGUUGUUAGCGCUUGUUUCAGUUGGUCCAAAUAUUACAAAUUGUAGCACGUGUAGCAAUGCGCUUAAGGGUUCGGGAGCAUGAGUCCCUCAAUGAAAGCCAAUCAGAGAAAGCAUUCCAGAUUUCUCAGAGACCUAUGAUGAGAAUCCCAACGUUUGUAACCUAUCCUUUGAAGAACCAAAUCCCAUAUUUCUCAGAGACGUAAAUUGGAGACGAUAAUUAGCGAUUUAAGUGAAUCAUUGCAAGUGUAUGGUGAACAAUUACAACUUCUUAAAUGAAAAAUUGCAAUUGUUGGUGAAUGUAAUUAUAGUGAUGAGCCAUUGCAUUUGUUGGUAGUUGUAGAAUUUUGGUGAUAAAUCAUUGCAAUUUUGGUGUAAACCAACCAUUGCAACCCUUAAUCUUCUAUAUAAAGAGUUAUGGACAUUGACAAACCAUAUCAAUCACAAAUAGACUAGAAAAAUGAGAGAUUCAUAGUAAAAAGAUCAUCAAAAGUAAUGAUAUGCUUUUAUGUGUCUUUUCAUUUUAAAUAUUUUUUAUUGAUAUGUUUUUGGUUAUUUUCUCACUUUCAGUUAUAUUAUACAUUUUUAAAAUCUAUGGAAAGUUUAUGGAUAUGUUUUUCUCUUUUUUGUGACACAUAAACUUCUUUGAAAACAAAAAUAAGAUACUUUAUAUAAAAUCAUAAAUUAUACAAAGUGGCAAAUAUUUUUUAAAAUAAAAGUAGUUAACAAUAAUAGCUUAAAACAUGCAUACAAAUUUCAAUAUGUGUGCAUUUACCAAUUGAUUAUAUUCUUUUAGUUGCGGUCUAUUUUUCAUGUAACAAUUGAAUAGUUUAUGAGUAUUUAUUCUUAUAAUUCUCAAUUUUAUCUCUAUUUGAUCAAAUUUUAUUUUAUUUUACAUGCAAAAGAUGAAUUUUUUCAUGGAUUUUUCUGUUGAAUAGAUGCAUCCUUUAAACAUACUUAAAAUGUUGUAAAAAAUGUAUCCUUUCAGAAAAUUAAUAUUUUUAUAUUUAAAUUAUAUUUCAGAUAAAAGUUGAUCUGUUUAUAUGGGUGUAUCUUUGCCUUUUGAUUAAAUGAAUUGAAAUAUGUUUUAGACUCAUUGAUAAAGACAUAUUUAAAAUAAAUAUAUUUGCAUAUAUUAACAUAUUAUAAAAACAUAAAUUUGAAAGAUGAUGGAAUUAUGUUUUAAAAAUCAUAUUUUUUUGUUCACACCUUUUGAAAACGAUACAAAUGAAAAUAAAUAAAUAUAUAUUAAUUAUGAAAUAUUUGAUACAAAACAACUUGGAAAUAAAUAAUGUAAAUACAUUAAAGACUCAACAUGAUUGAAUAUAUUUUUAGGACCAAAAUAAGUUGAAUAAUUUUUAUAUAUUUAUAAUAUUUUCUAUUACAAUAUGUAAAUAAUUAUUUUUAUAAAAUGAGUUUCCGUGUGACAUCGCACGGGUUCUUUACCUAGUCCUAAUAGUAAGAGAAAACAGCCGUUAAAAUCCCGAACUUUCAAAUUAAAGCCAAAAAAACCUUCAACUCAUGUUUAAGCCAAAAUAAUCACCAACUUUCAAAUAUUGGUCAUUUUAAACUUCAUAUUUUGUUGACUUGGUCAUUUAAGAGCUCCAAAUAGUCAACCGUUAAAUUUGAUUAAAAAUAAAUGCAUGUUAACUCUCUAAACGACAUCAUUUUAAAAAUCGAUUAAAACAUUGAUCAACCGAGGUUUUGUUUUCUUCUGAAACACUUAAAACAUCUCUUUCGCGAGACCAAAGUGAAGAAGAUGAAGUUGAUUUGGGGCUCUAGUUUUGCGAAAGAGAUGAUUUGAGUGUUUCCAGAAGCAAAAAGACGUCAUUUAAUCAAUGUUUUAAUCAGUUUUAUAAAAAUAAUAUUGUUUAGAUAGUUAAUAGACAUUUAGUUUUAAUUGAUUUUAACUGUUGACUAUUCGGGUUUUUUAAACGGCCGAGUCAACAAAAUAUGAGAAUUAAAAUGACUAAUAUUUGAAAGUUGAUGAUUUUUUUGACUCAAACAUAAGUUGAAGGUUUUUUUGGCUUUAAUUUGAAAGUUCAAGGUUUUAAUGGCUGUUUUCUCCUAAUAGUAAUAACACUUUCAAUAUUUUCUAAUCUUUUAGAUAAACAUAACACUUAGGGUUAGGAUAGCUUGUGUUUGUGUUUCAAGUUAGCCUCCAAACUUAAACCAACAGUUUAAAACCCUCAAGCGAUAAAUUUUACAUUAAACAAAUAAAUAUCGUUUCCCACGCUUGACAUUUUAAAAAACUUAAAAGCAAUCUAGCAGUUUCCAGAAAAGGUAAAAGAAAUUAGAGGAUAGAGGCAGAAUCAUACCAAAAUUAUGAAAUAAUCAUUUGCCAUUAUUAGUCAUGGUCUAUUCCUUUCUUAUAUUUUAUAUUAUUUUUUCUCGAAAAAUUCAAUGCAUCACUCACCAAUAAUAGUGUAAUGGAUCUCUCAUCAAUAAUGGUGUUCUAUCUGUAUAAAUAAACCCCUGAUAUGGGGGGGGGGGGGGGGGGGGGGGGGGGGGGGGUGAAUAAGAAUAAGAAGAACAAAUAUGAGCCUAGGCUGUGAUCUCACCGUUCUAGAAGAGCUAACAUCAAACGCGAAGCAAAUACAAGAUGAUGUAUUGAACAAGAUACUCAAUGCUAACGCAAACACAGAGUACCUCAAAAGGUUUCUCCAGGGGAGCUCUGAUAAAGAGCUGUUCAAGAAGAAUGUACCGGUGGUGAGCUAUGAAGAUGUUAAGCCUUAUAUCGAUCGUGUUGCAAAUGGAGAACCCUCUGAUAUCAUUUCCGGCGAACCCAUUACUGCGUUUUUCCGAAGCUCCGGAACUACUAGUGGGAAUCAAAAGAUAUUUCCUGCGAACAACAUCACUUUUGAGAAUAUUCUAUUCGCCUUUUCCCUAAGCUCGGUCGUUAUGUCCAAGCAUGUUGAGGUUUAUAAGCAAGGAAAGGUGAUGAGCUUUACGUUCACUCAGACAAUAUCCACAACUCCUUGUGGUUUGCCUCUCGCUCCCGGGUUAACAAGCUUCAUAAAGAGCGAAUAUUAUAGGAGGCUGGCUAAAAAUAGUACAAGCCCUUAUCAGAUCAUACUGUGUCCGGACACCAAACAAAGCAUGUACUGUCAACUUCUCUGUGGUCUUGUCCAGAGAGACGAGGUUGUAAGCGUGGGUUCAGUAUUCGCUUCUGUCUUGGUUCAAGUUAUCCAUUUUCUUGAAAACUACUGGAAAGAGUUGGCUAGUAAUAUAAGAUCCGGUCAUCUCAGCGAGUGGAUCACCGACCUUAGUUGUAGAGAAUCUGUCUCUACCAUCCUUGUUGAGCCAAAUCCUGAGUUGGCAGAUCUAAUCGAAAACGAGUGCGGACAAACAUCUUGGCAAGGUAUAGUUACACGACUUUGGCCUAAAGCCAAAUGCAUGGAAGCUAUUAUUACAGGAAGUAUGGCUCAACACAUCUCAGCGUUGGAGUUCUACUCUAAUAAACUGCCUCUAGUUUCCCCAAUUUAUGGAUCGUCUGAAGCAUUUUUCGGGCUAAAUUUGGAACCUCUAUGCAAGCCACAACAUGUGUCCUACACAUUUCUACCCAACAUGUCAUACUUCGAGUUCAUAGAUGUUGAUGUCGAAGGAGGAACCACGUCGGGAGAGGUUCUGGAUCUUGUGGAUGUAAAGUUAGGUCGGUACUAUGAGCUCUUGGUCACAAACUUUUCCGGUUUACACAGAUGUAGAGUGGGAGAUGUUUUAGAGGCCACUGGGUACUACAACAAGACACCACAAUUCAGAUUCGUACGUAGGAAAACUACGGUUUUAAGCGUUCAUCUAGAGCCAACGACUGAAGAAGAUCUUUUAAAGGCGUUGGCUCGUGCCACAGUAAUUCUUGAAUCUUUGGAAUUAAUGUUGACAGGUUUUACAUGCUAUGGGGACGUCUCCACUGUACCGGGUCACUACGUUUUUUACUUGGAACUCAAAGCCAAAGUCAACAAUAACAGCAUUGAUGAUGAAGUACUUGAUAACAAGGUAUUGGUGGAAUGUUGUCGUGUCAUGGAGGAAUCAUUAAAUGGUACUUAUAGACGUUUCAGGAGGAAAAAUGGAUCGAUUGGAGCUCUAGAGAUAAGAGUGGUGCAACAAGGAACGUUUGAUUCUCUCAUGGACUUUUUUGUCUCCCGAGGUUCUUCUAUAUCUCAGUACAAGACACCUAUGUGCAUAAACUCUGCUGAGGCUUUAAAAGUUCUUGAAGACAAGGUUCUUGCUCGGUUCUUCAGCGACAAAUCCCCUCCUAUCUGAUCCAGAUAUGAUGAUGACCACCGGUGAGAGUGGUUUGCGUGUUUAUAAAUUGCUUGUGGUUUAUUUAUUGUGUGUUUUUCUCCUUUUGUCGUUGUGUUUAAUGUUGUGGGUGAUUCAGUUAAGUGUGAUUGAUGCAUUUUAAAAAAAAAUUCAUAACUGUGUGAUGAAAGCCAUAAUUAGAAGGCACUGAUCAAUGAGAAUGUCUUGGUAA